CAACGGAAAUGAUUUUUUUCAGUUAAUAAAUUUUAAACAUAACAUCGACCGAUUGGAUCAUCAAAUCGACAAAAUUUUACUAGAGCGAACGGUCAUCGUCCUGCCGUAUUGAUAUUAUUGUUUGUGUUGGCGGGUAUGUCAAUACUUGUCAAUGCUUAAAAAUACAAAUACUAUUUUGUGUUGUCCAAGUGAUUACCAAUCGAAUAAAAAAUGGCAAACGAAGAAAUCGAAGUAACAUCGGGUUUGUUUGAUGACAAUGUACAUCACGAAAAUGGUAACGAUGAUGAUAGAUAUAACAAUUUAUCAAAGGACGAAAUAAGUAAUAAGUUGAGAUUAUUCCGGAAUUUAUGUUUGGAAAAUAAAAUAAAUACAAACAAUGCAUUUGACAUUGAUAUGAUUGGAUAUUUCCAAUCCUGGUUGGAGAAACAAAAAUUAUCUAAAGAUACUAAUGUUAAAACAUUCCAAGAAAUUGCUGAUUAUCUUGAAGCCAGUGCAAAAGUUUAUGGUUUUCGUGUUGAUCAUUUGAGUGAAAAUACUAAUAGGCUAGUUGAAGGAUUUAAGUCCUUAAAAAUGAGCAAAUUGAAAGAAAAUGUUGAAGAACAAAAUGAAGAUGAAUUACUCCGAAAUCCAAAAUCAAAAGCACUAAGAUUAAUGUUAACGACAGCUGAUAAAUUAAGUGGAAGAUUAUCUAAUAUGGACUGUAUUGUUAAUCCAGCUAUAAAGUACAACUUUUUUAACUUUAGUUUUAAAAAAUUAUUUGAAUUUGGCCGGCCAGUAAAUCAUAUUUCAUCUUUAUUCAACGAUACUACUAUUAAUGAUGAACUGAAUAUUAAUGAUAUAAAAAAAGAAGAUGACGAAGAAAUUAUUACUUUUCAAAUACCUUAUAUCUCAGAUAAAUUUUGGUCUGAAGCCGUUUUGUGUCCAAAGUUCUCUAAUUUUUUAGCUGAUAAAGAUCAACUUUUGGAAGCUAAUAAUCCAGAGAACAUAGAAAACUUGAUAGAUCACUUUGAUCCUAGUAAUCUAUCCUUUCCAACUUCUAUAAGUCAUGAAGUAGUUAAUGAUUCAGAAGAUGUUAAAUUCAGUUCUUUUUCAAUUAAAAAAGAAGAUGGUAUUGGAGGUCUUUUAACAUGUGUUGACUAUGUAAGGCGGGAUUAUAGUUUUUUUAAUCCAAAUCUUCUUGUCCAAUGGAACGGUCCAAGGGCAUGGAAAACUCAAGCAAUGGCGAAAGCUUUAAAAUCUAAAAAAAUAGCUCAAACAUUGAUGCUUGAUCCAAAUCUUGGUAGUAAUUCUGACACUGAUGAUGACAAUAUGCUACAAAAACAUAAACCAAAUAAAUUGCGCAAUAAAGAUGGUGAAAAACAAAUUAAAAUAGAAUGGUUAUCAAAGAAACAAUUAAAAUUAAGGCUUCAAAAUAUGUUUAAAUCUAAAGAAAUUAUGUCACCUCGUACAAUUCUAAAUUGGAAUCCUUUCACCAGUUUAUCUGAACCCAAAUCAGUAUCUGCUGAAAAGAUAUAUAAGUUUACUUUCUUGGAGUAUCUGGAAAUCGUACCAGAAUGGUUGGAUGUUUCUAAAAAAGAAGAAAACUUAAACAAAGAAAUAAAUUCACCUCUGCCUACGCAAAACCAUGUGGAUAUUGAUUAUUCUGAUGAAACAAACACUCAAGUACUUGAAGCUUUAAAUGAUGAUAUUAAUCAUGUUGAACAUAAUGAAAAUGACAAUUUACCUGACCCAAAUCUUGACGAGUCUGAAGAUAAUUUUAAUUUACAAGACUUUAAAAGAGAAACCACUAUAGAUAUAGCAGAUCUAAAAAAGAAAAUGUUUGACAUUAUUAAUACAGAAUGUAUUAAAAUUGAGUCAGAUAAUGAAUGGAGUAGCCGGUUACUAUUUUCAACAUUAUUACAAAAAAUUACAGAAGAUAGGCAAGACCUCUCUGUUGGUGUUGCCUAUGUAAGCCUUCUACAUCUGGUCAAUGAACGUGGUUUAAAAUUGUUUCAAGAUGGCGAAAUUAUAAAUGGUAGGAAAGACAUAUAUAUUGCCAGACCUCUGGCCUAAUGGAGACUUUAAUAUUACUAAAAUAAAGUUAUUUGUAUCGAUCAAUAUAUUAGAAUUUAUAUCAACUGAAAUGCCAUUAUGUU